AUGUCUUUGAAGAGCAUCGUGCGGGAGCUCAAGGAGAUGAGGGACGGCAUCGGGAGCAUGUCCAGGCGCGGCGGCGUCACCGACGGGCGCGCCGGCCACGGCCACGGCCGCGGGGGGUCGCGGCAUUCUUGGCCCAGCCUGUGGCCGGAGCCCCAGCCGCAGCCGCCGCGGCCGGGCCAGGAGCCGCAGCAGCAGGGGCAGUGGGCGAACCUGCCGCCGGAGCUGCUCAUCGACGUGAUACAGAGGGUGGAGGCCAGCGAGGUGGCCUGGCCGGCGCGGCGCCACGUCGUUGCCUGCGCCGCCGUCUGCCGGUCGUGGCGCGAGGUCACCAAGGAUGUGGUGAAGACCCUCGAGGAGUGCAGCAGGAUCACCUUCCCCAUCUCCCUAAAGCAGCCGGGGCCUCGUGAUUCUCCGGUGCAGUGCUUUGUGAGGAGGGACAGGGCGACGUCCACCUAUCUCCUCUACUUGGGGCUCAGCCCAUCUCUGCAUGGGGAAAAUGACAAGCUUUUGCUUGCGGCCCGCAAGAUCAGACGUGCAGCCAGAACUUCUUUUGUGAUAUCACUCAUCUCUGAUGAUUUUUCUCAUUCCAGCAGCACCUAUGUUGGCAAACUGAAACCAAACUUCCUUGGCACAAAGUUCACAAUAUUUGAUAGCCAACCUCCUUGUGAUGCUGCGGUGUUGCCUAACAACAAGCCAAGCAAAAGGCACUCGAAGCAAGUAUCACCAAGACUGCCACUAGGCAAUUACAAUGUUGCGACCGUCUCAUAUGAGCUCACUGUCCUGCGCAAUCGAGGACCAAGGAGAAUGCAGUGCACCAUGCACUCGAUACCAGCCGUGUGCAUUCAGGAAGGUGGCAAGGCCCCGACCCCUACUGGCAUGGUCCACUCACUCGACGAACAAGUGUCUACCUUAUCAACUAGUGGCAAAGGAAAGGUACCAAACAUCGAAUUCUCGUCAACAAGCCUCAGCGCUGAUUUAUCCGGACCGAUCUCCACCAGCGAAGCGCCUCUGCUUCUGAAGAAUAAAGCUCCCCGCUGGCACGAGCAGCUGCAGUGCUGGUGCCUCAACUUCCGAGGGCGUGUCACCGUAGCAUCGGUCAAGAACUUCCAGCUCGUUGCCUCGGUUGACCCCUCCCUGGGCGUCCCAGCGGCGGAGCAGGAAAAGGUGAUCCUCCAGUUUGGGAAGAUCGGGAAAGACAUAUUCACAAUGGAUUAUAGAUACCCGCUGUCGGCGUUCCAGGCCUUUGCAAUCUGCCUGACUAGCUUCGACACGAAACCGGCCUGCGAAUAG